GAGGGCGGAACAGGCGGGCAGAGCCCGCCUCGCUGUCCAGGGCACCUCGCCGCCUCCACUCGGCUCCUCUCGCUGGGCGGCCGCGCGGAGCCGCUCGGUCAGGCAGCCUCGGGUAGCUUAGCGGUCGGCCGAUGAGGUGCCAGGCCUUAUCCCGUGCAGGGCGGCGGAGGCCGGAAGGUGGACUGCAUAGCUGUCGACGCCUGCGCAUCCGCUGCCCACCCGCGGAUCACAGGUAAAGGGGCGCGACUGCCCGGCGCCCAGAGAGGAGCGGGGCGCCCCGCCAGUACUGCGGGAUUGAUAACCCUGAGGCAGGGCUGCAUCCAGGGAGGAGGUGAAAUACAACUAGAUGCUGCCGAAUGGGUAGGAUUUACUUGGAUUGAUGAGUGGGGAGCAUUUUCAGGGAGGAUUGGGGCAAGAGGAACUGCAAGCUGUCCCCCUUUGCCUUCCUGGGGAGGAAUAUGCGGGUGUGCGUGUCCAACUUCAGUUCCCUUUCUCCCUGGCAGGCCAUCAGAGCCGAAUCCGAACUUGAAUUCUGUGUGGCUGAUUGCAGAGCUGGUAGGCCCACGGUUUCCCGGGGGAAUGUAAUUGAGGGGGCGUCACUUUGGCUGGUAUUCAGAAGGUGGAAGAGGAAGUUUUCCUCUUGACGACAGCGGAGUAGGGGGUUGGUUGUGGGGAUAAGGGAUGAGUCUGCUUGUGACCCUUCCCUGCUGGCGGCGCAGCCUUGACGCCCUGAGGACCCGGAUUGGCAACCGUCGAUGGACAGAGGCUUACCAUACCCUAGAGGCGACCGUUCUUAGGAAGGGUGCCAGUUACAGAGGCCGGAAGUGAAAUGAAGGCUUGUGCUUGUUCCCAAGAUCAUGUAAAGAAUCUGAGAGAUAAUGUGGAAACUUUGCGAAGGGGGUGUGGUUAAGACGUGAGACCAUGACAUUGAUGAGAUCUUAUUUAUUCCCAUGAAUCUGUGAACUUUAGACCAUUGAGCUCUAUUUUGAAAGCCCAAUAUCAGCUCCGCACAAUAUUUCACCCAGAAGUCAAGCAACAGUAGUCGUCCUUUUCUGGAAGACUGGCAGGAAGGGCUGUAUGUGGCUGGCUCCAAAAGUACCCUGCUGGUGCAGGGACACCCACCAGCUCCUUGAAGUUGUAAUUGCUGUUCUCCUGCAGGGUAUUUUUUUAGGAGAGUAAAACAAACAAACAAAACCCAUUGCCAUUGAGUCGAUUCUGACUCAUAGCAACCCUAUAGAAGACAGAGUAGAACUGCCCCAUAGGGUUUCCAAGGAGCACCUGGUGGAUUCCAACUCCCAGCCUUUUUGUUAGUAGCUGUAGCUCUUAAUCACUACGCCAGCAGGGUUUCCUUUAGGACUUUAGGCAGUUAUAAAAUAUACUGUAGCGUAUUCAGAAAGAGGAUGUGGCUGCAGACUGCUUUCCUGCAGCCUGCUUACUGGUUUUUUUUUUUUUUUUCCAUUAGUCCCUAUUUGAGAUACAAGGAAGGCAGAGUCCAGGAACAAUGCUUUGGGGAUUCCUUCUGCAGAUUAGCUUUUUUGAAGAGCCAGAGCAUCUUGCUAGAUAGACGAUUAUUGUCAGUUAUGGCUAGCGUCGGAAAUCCUGGUAGCAUACUGGUUAAGUGCUAUGGCUGCUACCCAAAAGGUCAGCAGUUGGAAUCCACCAGGUGCUCCUGGAAACUCUAUGGGACAGUUUUACUUUGUCCUAUAGAGUCGCUAUGAGUCGGAAUCAACUUGAAGGCAACAGGUUUGGUUUUUUGGUUUUUAUGGCUAGCAUCAUUGCACAUAUGGGUAAUAGCCAGCAGCAGAACACACCUUUAAUGCCUUGGGUCCAUUCCAUGCUGAAGUCCCUGGGGAAAAGCCUCGGUCCUUUAACGGCCAACUUGGCAGAGAGGAACCUGAAGUUGUUUUCAGGGAGGGUGGUGCCAGACCAGGUGGAAGAAACCUUUGAAAACUGGCUGAUCCAAGUCAAUGGGGUUUUGCCAGAUUGGAAUACCUCUGAGGAGGAAAAGCUCAAGCGCUUGAUGAAAACCCUUACUUAGGGCCCUGCCAGGGAGGCCAUGGGUUUGCUCCAGGCAGCCAACUCCAGCCUAAGUGUGGCAGGUUCCUUGCAGGCCAUGAAACUGGUGUUUGGGGAGUCUAAAAGCAGUGUGACCACCCAUAGUAAAUGUCCCCUGAAGCCCCAUGGUAAGUUUUUUAACACCUGGCAGUUGCAAGGGGAGAAAGCAUCCCUUUAUGUGAUCCCUUUAGAGGUGCAACUCCAGAAUGCUAUUCAAGCAGGGAGCAUAUCUGAGAAAGAUGCAAAUCAGACUCUCCUGCCCCAGCUCCUUUGAGGGGCUGAGCUAAACAGGGAUCCCUUUAGGCUUAAGGAUCUUCUCAGGAUGUAUGCGAAUGAGCAAGGGCAGCUGCCGAUAAUCAGGGUGAUAAAGACAGAAGAGGAUUGGGAUGACACUUUUAAACAGAAGCGGCCCAAAAGAUCUGAGCCAAUCCUGGAGAGGGCAUCCAACCCUGUGGCAUUUCAGGCCCCCCAGUUGAUAGCAAUUGGCAAUGUUAACUGCAACAUGAUACAGAUAGAAGAUACCCUCCAUGACUCAGGUAAGGAUGUGAUCCUGGUGGAGCCUCAGGACCCUCCACUUUCAUCCACAGCUGCUCCUCCCCCUAGAUGCAGGGCCAGACCUCAGGAUGAGGUGCUGGUCAGUGAUUCCCCCAACAGUUCCUGGGCCUAGUCUUCUUCCACCAGUGGUAGUUCUGGGCAUAAGAAUGAUGGUCCUGGGGAUAAGUGUAGAGCCAGGAAGUGAAAAUACACAACCCACUGUUCAUAUUGUAGCAAGGAGGACCAUACAAAAGAAACAUGUGUCAGUGAGAGGAAUACGGCCUAGGUGUUUGAGAAUCUGAUCAUCACUGUGCAGGAGCUGAGAAAAGAAGUCCCCGGAGAAGACAAUAAGCCCUUGAGCCACAGUGAGGUGCUAGACCCCAACCCUAAAUGAACCCUUAAUUGUUCAUAGAGUCCAGUGGAACUGGGGGUGGGUUUGAAUUAAUCCACAAAGCAUUUUUCUUUGGGGGAGGAUGAGAAUAGGUCUUGGAUACCAGCACAGUGGAGGAGGAUGGCCUGACUUCUGUCCCUGCUCUCUCCCCCGCCUGCCUAAGAGUCUAUUUAUUCUCUGUGUGUUUGUUUCCCUGAUGACUUUACUCUCUUGAAGAAAGGAGUAUAGCUGUUUGUUAAACCUUGAAAACCUAAAACACAAAAACUUAAGUACCAACUACCUGAAACCCUCCACACAUAUAUAACCAUUGUCAACCCUUUGAUGAAUGGCCUAGAUAUUUACCUAACCUUUGUACUCAGAUAGGCCACGUGAUCAAAUUAAAGUGGUGGUGUUCUACACUCUGUAUUUUCUUUUUUGUUCUUUUUACCAAAUAAUGUGUGGACUUCUUUUAUGUCAAUGAAUAUAUAUUAGCAUCUAUAAUGUCUCUGUGUUAUAGUACUUUUAGGAAGAAAUAAAGGAAAAUAAAUAAAAGCUAUAAUUGGGGGUCUGAUCAUGGGGUCACUAUGAGUCGGCACUGGGUUUGGUUUUAUCAUGGGGUAGGAAACCCUGGUGGUGUAGUGGUUAAGAGCUACAGCUCCUGACCAAUAGGUCGGCAGUUUGAAUCCACCAUCUGCUCCUUGGAAACCCUAUGGGGCAGUUCUACUCUGUCCUGUAGGGCCGCUAUGAGUCAGAAUCGACUCCAUGGCAAUGGGUUUUUUUUUUUUUUAUCAUGGGGUGGGAGCCCUGGUGGCGCAGUUAAGAGCUCGGCUGCUAACCAAAAAGGUCCGCAGUUCAAAUCCACCAGCUGCUCCUUGGAAACUCUAUGAAGCAGUUCUACUGCCCUAUAGGGUCGCUAUGAGUCAGAAUCUACUCCGUGGCAUCGGGUUUUCCCAUGCGGUGUGGGUAUCAACCUCAUUUUAUCAACUUCAUUUUACAGAUGAGGAAAAGGGAAGCUGAAAUGGGACAAUGUCUCAGGCUGGAUUCUCUAGAGAAGCAAAACCAGUAGAGCAUGUGUAUAUAUUUAUAGAGAGAGAGAGAAAGAUUUAUUUCAAGGAAAUGGCUUAUGGUUAUAGAGGCUGGCAAGUCCCAAGUCUAUGGGUCAGGCAUCAGGUUGGAGGCUUUUGCUGACUCACAAAGCUGCAGGGGCUGAAGGGCCCAAGAUCUACAGGUCAGACAGCAUGCUGCUGGCUCAAGUCCCAAGAACUGGAGGUCAGAUGAUAGAUAACAAGUCAAAUGCAGGAUCCAGAGCAGAAAAAAAGCCAGCAAACUUUGCUGGAAAGUCCACAUAUAUUGCAUGCAGGCCACACCCCCAAGGAAACUCCCUCAACUGAUUAGCUACUCACAGCAGAUCUCAUCAUGGAGGUGAUUACAUCAUUACACAACUGCCAGACUACAUCAUAACUGCCAAAUCACUGAGAAUCAUGGUACAGCCAAGUUGACACACAACCUUAACCAUCACAGCUGACUAUCUCCCAAAGAGCCCCUUAUGACAGCUUACCUGUCGCCUACCUAGGUCAUAAUGUCCCAAUGUAAGUAUGAUGACUGGGUGGUGGUAGGGGAAGGAGAAGUUAUACUACAGCCCAAAAAUAAGAAUUCCAGGGGGCUCCAUUCCUGUUCACUUUGGGGAGGAGUAGCUGUCCCUUCUCUGGAUGGAUUCCUUAGAUUGCUGCUGCUUCUGAAUAACACCUGGUCUCAAUAGCCAGUAUGUCCUUUGGGCUGACGCUACCCUCUUCCCCUCCCCAUUUAAGGAGAGCGCAGCUACUCAUGAAAGUUCAGCACAGGGAGGCUCCAUGCCCCCCAAGCCUGUUCCUAAGUACACACUAGAGGGCACAGGCAGCUCAGACUCCAAGCUUAUCUUGGCCCCGCAGCAUUCAAUGUUUGCUUUAAGCCUCAGCCUCCUUAACCCUCAUGGUAGGCAGGAGACUGAGAGGGCCCCUCUGCCUCUGGCCUUUUAGCUGAGAGCUGGCCAGGAGCAAAGGCUCAAGAGGCCCACUCCCUGCAUCCCUCUGGGGCAUCUCUGGGCCCCUGACAGCAACGUCCACCUCUCCAGAGCCAAAAGGGACCUCCUGAUCCCCAGGCAGGAGGCAGCUGUACUCAGGCCCCGAAAGCCACAGCGAGCUCAACAUACCCCAGCUCUCUUAGGUUUAUAACACUUUAUUCCUCCCUCCCCCUCCCCUAAAUCUGCCUUUGGAGAGCAUAGACUCAUUCAUCUAUCCCAGAUUGUAAUUCUACUUCCUGCUCAAUUUUUCUCAAUUUUCUUCUAUAAACACUUGGUGAAUGAUUUACCCAGAUACACACUUUAUCCUGUCAUAAUUGAAUUCUAGCACCAGGAAGAGUAAAGAGAAAAAUGCUGCGUUUACCACUGCCCUCCUUUUUUUCACUGGAGUUAGCUUGGAGGUUCAGUGUAGACCAUUGCUUUGAAAACCUGUUAUGUGAUUCAUCUUUUCUUUCCUCCCUCAUCCUCUUCUGUGUUGUGUAACCUUGAGAUUGUCUACAUAUUUAUUUCACCAACCUCAGGUAAACCUGACACCUCUUUUUUAUUUCACUUUAUGUAACAUUGGCUUUUCCUUCAUUCAAAAGAUAGUUAUUCUCCCUAACUGGAAGAUGUGACCAAGCCCUGGGCAUUCAGAUCAGACUAACAGGGUUAGCUAAAAGAAGGCUUUUAGAGAAAUUCGUGUCUGAUAUCCCUGACUUACAAUUAUGGGGCUUUUCCCCCUCCCUUUCUCCCUUCAUUCUCAUUAGUCCCUGAGAGGAAAAUUACUCUUUUGUCCUGUUAGAAGAAACUAGCCUCUGAAUGCCCUUCUUUUGCAUUAUCUCCUUCCUUCUUGAUACAUUAUUUUUCCAUGGAUUCCAUGCCAUCCGUUUCAUGGUUUCCCUCUCCUGAUCUGUGUGGUGCCUAAUUCUCAGUCUCCUUUGCUGAAUCUUCUUUCUCUUCCUGAUCCUUCCAUAACAGCUAUAAAAAUAAAAACCACUACACAUGUGGUUUAUUGAAAGCUUAUUGGGUGCCAGGCACCUUGUGCUGGUCUCUUUAAAUGCACUAGUUCCUUUCAUCCUCAUUAAAAACAAAAAACAUACACACACUUGCCAUUAAUUCCACUCUGACUCAAACAAGCACCCAACUCAAACCUCCAACCUUUCAGUUAGGAGCUGAGCACUUUAACCAUUUGUACCACCCAGGGACUCCUUAAUCCUCAUAUCAACCCCAUAAGAUUGCUAUUCCUCUUAUCACAUAUUUCCGACAGGUAAACAGAUUGGAAAGGUAGAAGACUUGUCCACGGUGAUGCAGCUAAUUAGAGGUGGAAUCAGGUAUCAGACACCAGGCUGACUGAUGCUGAAGCCUGUGUUCCCUAUUUGUGUUAGCUCUCAUGUGUACCGCACUCUAUGAUUUAGGUGUUAUUAUUCCUGGUGUUGCAGUGUUUAAAGUGAUUGACUGCUAACUGAAAGGUCAGUGGUUCAAAACCAUCAGCAGCUCCGUGGAAUAAAAAUGUGGCAGUCUGCCUCUAGAGAUUUACAGCCUUGGAAGCCCUAUGGGGUCGCUAUGAGUUGGAAUCUACUUGAUGCAGUGGGUAGAUAUUAUCUGUACAUGGAAACAGAGGCCUACAGACAUGAAGUGAUUUGUCAAAUGUCCUAAGAGCAACUGGUUUAUGUGCCACACACUAGGAUGGAGUCUCUAAGGAACAUUUGUGUGGCAGAGAAGAGCCCUUCCCGCCCCUUCCUUCCCAGUUGCAGCUAUCCCUCCUGCUGCCUGGCAAUCAUCCUCAUACCCAGUUGGAGUUUCUUCAUCACAUUCAGUUCAAGUAUCAUGUUUCCUGCCUAUGCUUUCCGUGCAAAUAGUUAUGAAUUUAAUGUAUGCAAUAGGAGACAGCUGCAGAAGUCAGUGGCGGAGGGAUAGAUUGUUCCAUUAGUGGUGCUGGGGGGAGCUUCAUUACCUGAUUGGGAAAACAGUUUACUUUCUCCCACAGGGCUAAAUAUGAAAUCCAGAUCAAUUUGAGGAAUAAAUGUAGAUUUUAUGCAAGUAUGUAUUAAUUUCAUAAUAUCUUUUGUUAUUAUGAAAGGGAUAAAAAAGAACCAACAUUCAAAAGCAACCCAUAUUUGAAGGGCAACAAAACAAAAUAAAUAUUUAUUAAAUCUCUGGAGUGGGGAGGGCUUUCUGUGGCUCAGAGUGAUAAAAGAAAUUAUACAGGAAAAGACUGAUCAUUCAGAAGACAACAUUAACAGAAAUAAAAGACAAACAACAGCAAGGUGAGAUAUCAUUGCAAAACAAAAAAAAUGACAUAAAGGGGGUGGCAACAAAUAAGAAAAACAGUCAUAACAGCAAACUUUUAUUGUGUUUAGAUAGCUACCAUUUCUUAAGGUCUAACAAAGUGCCAGGUGUAUUCUAAGAGCUCUAUGUGGCUUUUCAUUUCAUUCUCACAGUAAACCCUGAGAUACAUCCCAAUAUUGUUGCCAUUAUUAUAAAACAAUCUUAUUGUAAAAAAAAAAAAAAAAAGAGAGAAAAGUACCUAAAAUGUAACUAUGCAGCUUAACAAGUUAUUAUACAGCAAACCACCACAAGAAAUAGAACACUGCCAAGACUCCAGAAAUCCUUGUGCACCAUUGCUCUGUCAUGGCCUCUUUCCCCUAAGGCAAAUGCUCUCAUGGCAGUUAUGGCUAUUAAUUCCUUGCUUUUCUUUAUAGUUUUACCACUCAAAUAUGAAUCCCCAAACACUAUAGUUUGGUUCAGUUGUGAACUUUAUAGAAAUAGAACUGUAAUAUAUGUAUCCUUCUGUAUCUGGCUCGUUUCCCUUACAGUUACAUCUUUGAGAUUCGUCCUUGUUGCAUGUAGCUGUAGUCCAUUCAUUUUCAGUGCUGUGCUAUAGUAUAGUGUUGCAUUCUCUGAAUUUACUAGAAAUCACUUACCCUUUCUAUCACUGAAGGACAUUUGGGUUGUUUUCAGUUUGGGGCAGUUAUGGAAAAUGGUGCUAUGAACAUGUUCUUUAUGUCUCCUGGUGCAGAUCUAUAGGGUAUAUAUCUAGGAGUGGAAUUGCUGACUCAUAGACUAUGUGUAUUUUCAACUUUUCUAGAGACUACCAAAUUUCAUACCAGAGUUUUACCAACUCCCCUUCCACCAUUUGUGUUUUAGAGCUCCUGUUGCCCCACAUCUUCACAAACACCUGGCAUUGCCAGUAAAGAUUUCUACCUUUUGCUUGCGUUUUAGCACACCUUUUAUUAAAUUUAUUUCAAGGUACUUACUUGACUUUGGUAUUGUGAAUGUAAAUUUCGUUUACGUUUCAUUUUCUGAGUGCCUGUUGAUGGUAUACAGAAAUAUAAUUGAUCUUUGAUUUUGCUAAUUUCUCUUAAUCUAAAAUUUUAUCUCUAGCUUCUUUACAAUUUUCUGUAAAAAAUUACAUAAGCGUAUCAUCUGAAAAUAAUGACAGUUUUAGUUUUCUUUCCAAGUUCAUAUACAUUUUGUUUCUUUUUCUUUCCUCACUGCACUGGCCAGGGCCUAGAGUACAGGGCUGAAUAGGAAUUGAAAUGGAAAGAAAACCACUCUCAACAAUUCAACAUUAAAUAUGAUGUUUGCUGCAAGUUUUUGAAUUUUGCUGCUUGGAACAUGGAGCUGGAACUCUAUCUUGUACCAUGAGGACAAGUGUCACACUGGAGUUGAUGAAACAAUAGAAUGAGUUACCCAACCAGAGCUAUUCAUGUAUAUAAAAUAUAAAAUGUGGACACAUACGGAGACUUUUAAAGUGAACCAGUUUCUUCCAAAUUUAAAGAAUGAAACUCCCAUACGUGUCGCUGGAAAUAAUAUUAUUUGUGUUUCCAUCAACCUCAUAAAAUGAGAUCUAGGCACGAGACGCCAACAUAGUCUCAAGUGUCCACCUGAUCCAAGAAGCUCACUCCUCACCAGCAUCCCUCUCCAACCCAUUGUCCAGUCCAAUCCAUGUCUGAAGAGUUGGCUUCAGGAAUGGUUCCUAUCCCGAGCCAACAGAAGGUCUGGGGGGCAUGACCACCGGGGUCCUUCUAGUCUCAGUCAGACCAUUAAGCCUGGUCUUUUUAAGAGAAUUUGGGGUCUGCAUCCCACUGCUCUCCUGCUCCCUCAGGGGUUCUCUGUUGUGUUCCCUGUCAGGGCAGUCAUCGGUUGUAGCCGGGCACCAUUUAGUUCUUCUGGUCUCAGGCUGAUGAAGUCCCUGGUUCAUGUGGCCCUUUCAGUCUCUUGGGCUCGUAAUCGCCUCAUGUCUUGGUGUUCUUCAUUCUCCCUUGAUCCAGGUGGGUUGAGACCAAUUGAUGGAUCUUAGAUGGCCACUCGCUAGCAUCCAAAACCCCAGACGCCACUCUUCAAAGUGGGAUGCAGAAUGUUUGCUUAAUAGAUUUUAUUAUGCCAAUUGACUUCGAUGUCCCCUGAAACCAUGGUCCCCAGACCCCUGCCCCUGCUAUGCUGGCCUUCAAAGCAUUCAGUUUAUUCAGGAAACUUCCUUGCUUUUAGUUUAGUCUAGUUGUGCUGACCUCGCCUGUAUUGUGUGUUGUCUUUCCCUUCACCUAAAGUAGUUCUUAUCUACUAUCUAAUCAGUGAAUGUCCCUCUUGCACCCUCCCCCCUCUUGUAACCAGAAAAGAAUGUUUUCUUCUCAGUUUAAACUAUUUCUCAAGUUCUUAUAAUAGUGGUCUUAUACAAUAUUUGUCCUUUUGCAACUAAUUUCAUUCAGCAUAAUGCCUUCCAGGUUCCUCCAUGUCAUGAAAUGUUUCAUAGAUUCCUCAUUGUUCUUUAUCGAUGCGUAGUAUUCCAUUGUGUGAAUAUACCGUAAUUUAUUUAUCCAUUCGUCCGUUUAUGGGUAUCUUGGUUGCUUCCAUCUUUUUGCUACUGUCAACAGUGCUGCAAUAAACAUGGGUGUGCAUAUAUCUGUUCAUGUAAAGGCUCUUAUUUCUCUAGGAUAUAUUCCCAGGAAUGGGAUUGCUGGAUCAUAUGGUAGUUCUAUUUCUAGGUUUUUAAGGAAGUGCCAAAUUGAUUUCCAAAGUGGUUGUACCAUUUUACAUUCCCACCAGCAGUGUAGAAGUGUUGCAUCUCUCCACAGCCUCUCCAACAUUUAUUAUUUUGUGUUUUUUGGAUUAAUGCCAGCCUUGUUGGAGUGAGAUGAAAUCUUGUUGUAGUUUUGAUCUGCAUUUCUCUAGUGGCUAAUGAUCGUGAACAUUUCCUCAUGUAUCUGUUAGGUACCCGAAUGUCUUCUUUAGUGAAGUGUCUGUUCAUAUCUUUUGCCCAUUUUUUAAUUGGGUUAUUUGUCUUUUUGUAGUUGAGUUUUCGCAGUAUUAUGUAGAUUUUAGAGAUCAGGUGCCGAUCAGAAAUGUCACAGCUGAAAACUUUUUCCUAGUCUGUAAGUAGUCUUUUUACUCUUUUGGUGAAGUCUUUGGAUGAGCAUAGGUGUUUGAUUUUUAGGAGCUCCCAGUUAUCUAAUUUUUCUUCUGCAUUCUUAAUAAUGUUUUGUAUGCUGUUUAUGCCAUGUAUUAGGGCUCCUAAUAACCCUAUUUUUUCUUCCAUGAUAUUUAUCGUUUUAGAUUUUAUAUUUAGGUCUUUGAUCCACUUUGAGUUAGUUUUUGUGCAUGGAGUGAGGUAUGGGUCUUGUUUCAUUUUUUUGCAGAUGGAUAUCCAGGUAUGCCAGCACCAUUUGUUAAAAAGACUGUCUUUUCCCCAUUUAACUGUUUUGGGGCCCUUGUCAAAUAUCAGCUGCUCAUAUGUGGAUGGAUUUAUGUCUGGAUUCUCAAUUCUGUUCCAUUCGUCCAUGUAUCUGUUGUACCAGUACCAGGCUGUUUUGACUACUGUGGCAGUAUAAUAGGUUCUAAAAUCAGGUAAAGUAAGGUCACCCACUUUGUUAUUCUUUUUCAGUAAUGCCUUAUUUAUCCGGGGCCUCUUUCCCUUCCAUAUGAAGUUGGUGAUUUGUUUCUCCAUCUUAUUAAAGAAUGUCUUUGGGAUUUGGAUUGGAAUUGCAUUAAAUGUAUAGAUCGCUUUUGGUAGAAUAGACAUUUUAAUAAUGUUAAGUCUUUCUAUCCACGAGCAAGGUAUGUUUUUCCACUUACAUAAGUCUCUUUUGGUUUCUCGCAGAAGUGUACUGUAGUUUUCUUUGUGUAAGUCUUUUACAUCUCUGGUAAGAUUUAUUCCUAAGUAUUUUAUCUUCUUGGGGGCUACUGUGAAUGGUAUUGAUUUGGUGAUUUCCUCUUCGAUGUUCUUUUUGUUGGUGUAGAGGAAUUCAACUGAUUUUUGUACGUUCAUUUUGUAUCCCGAUACUCUGCUGAACUCUUCUAUUAGUUUCAGUAGUUUUCUGGAGGAUUCCUUAGGGUUUUCUGUGUAUAAGAUCAUGUCAUCUGCAAAGAGAGAUACUUUGACUUCUUCCUUGCCAAUCUGGAUGCCCUUUAUUUCUUUAUCUAGCCUAAUUGCUCUGGCUAGAACCUCCAGCCCAAUGUUGAAUAAGAGCGGUGAUAAAGGGCAUCCUUGUCUGGUUCCCAAUCUCAACGGGAAUGUUUUCAGGCUCUCUCCAUUUAGGGUGAUGUUGGCUUUUGGCUUUGUAUAAAUGCCCUUUACUAUGUUGAGGAAUUUUCCUUCUAUUCCUACUUUGCUGAGAGUUUUUAUCAUGAAUGGGUGUUGAACUUUGUCAAAUGCCUUUUCUGCAUCGAUGGAUAAAAUCAUGUGAUUCUUGUCUUUUGUUUUAUUUAUGUGGUGGUUUACAUUAAUUGUUUUUCUAAUGUUGAACCACCCCUGCAUACCUGGUAUGAAUCCCACUUGGUCAUGGUGCAUUAUUUUUUUGAUAUGUUGUUGAAUUCUAUUGGCUGGAAUUUUGUGGAGGAUUUUUGCAUCUACGUUUAUGAGGGAUGUAACUCUAUAAUUUUCUUUUCUUGUGGUGUCUUUACCUGGUUUUGGUAUCAGGGAUAUGGUGGCUUCAUAGAAUGAGUUUGGUAAUAUUCUGUGCUUUUCUGUGCUGGCAUUUAGAUAUUCCGUGUCUUUAUUGAGCUUCUUUCUGGAGGUCCUGUCCUUCACCAAAAGUGGUGUGUUGAAGUCUCCUACUAUUAUUGUGGAGCUAUGUACCUCACAUUUCAAUGCUGAUAGACUUUGUUUUAUGUAUCUUGCAGCACUGUCAUUGGGUGCAUAAAUAUUUAAUAUGGUUAUAUCUUCUUGGUGUAUUGUCCCUUUAAUCAUUAUAUAGUGUCCUUCCUUAUCCUUUAUGAUACAUUUAACUUUAAAGUCUAUUUUGUCAGAAAUUAAUAUUGCCACUCCUGCUCUUUUUUGAUUUUUGUUUGCUUGAUAUAUUUUUUUCCAUCCUUUGAGUUUUAGUUUGUUUGUGUCUCUAAGUCUAAGGUGUGUCUCCUGUAGGCAGCAUAUAGACGGAUCUUGUUUUUUAAUCCAUUUUGCCACUCUGUCUCUUUAUUGGUGCAUUUAGUCCAUUUACAUUCAGGGUAAUUACGGAUAGGUAUGAAUUUAGUGCUAUCAUUUUGAUGUCUUUUUUUUGUGUUUUUGACAGUUUCUUUUUCCCACUUAAUUUUAUGUGCUGAGUAAAAAAUAUAUAUAUAUAUUGUCCUUUCCUCAUAUUGUUGUUGAUUUUGUUUCUGCUGAGUCUUUAUUAUUUUUCCCUUGUAUUUUAUUUUGUUGAGUAGGAUAGUUUGUCUCCUCUGUGGUUACCUUAUUAUUUACCCCUAUUUUUCUAAAUUUAAAACCAACUUUUAUUUCUUUGUAUUGCUGUUAUCUUCCUCUCCAUAUGGAAGGUGUAUGAUUACAUUUCUUAGUCCCUCUUUAUUAUUUUAAUGUUGUCUUCUUUUAUAUAAUAACAACGCUGUUACCCUGUUUUGAGCUUUUUUUCAUUAUCUUGCUUUGUUUUUUUGGAUUUCCCUGUCUGUGUUGACUUCUGGUUGCUCUGCCCAGUGUUCUAGUCUUGGGUUCAUACUUGAUAUUAUUGAUUUUCUAACCAAAGAACUCUCUUUAGUAUUUCUUGUAGUUUUGGUUUCAUUUUUAUGAAUUCCCUCAACUUGUGUUUAUCUGGAAAUGUCUUAAGUUCACCUUCAUAUUUAAGAGACAGUUUUGCUGGAUAUAUGAUUCUUGGCAGGCAAUUUUUUUCCUUCAAUUUUUUAAAUAUGUCAUCUCAUUGCCUUCUUGCCUGCAUGGUUUCUGCCGAGUAGUCUGAGCUUAUUCUUAUUGGCUCUCCUUUGUAGGUGACUUUUCGGUUACCCCUCGCUGCUCUUAUAAUUCUCUCUUUAUCUUUGGUUUUGGCAAGUUUGAUUAUAAUAUGUCUUGGUGACUUUCUUUUAACAUCUACCUUAUGUGGAGUUCGAUGAGCAUCUUGAAUAGAUAUCUUCUCAUCUUUCACAAUAUCAGGGAAGUUUUCUGCCAACAAAUCUUGAACAAUUCUCUCUGUAUUUUCUGUUAUCCCUCCCAGUUCUGGUACUCCAAUCACUCAUAGGUUAUUUCUCUUGAUAGAGUCCCACAUGAUUCUUAAGGUUUCUUCAUUUUUUUUAAUUCUUUUAUCUGAUUUUUCUUCAAAUAUAUUAGCGCCAAGUGAUUUAUCUUUGAGUUCAGAAAUUCUAGCUUCUACUUGCUCAAUUCUGCUCCUCUGACUUUCUAUUGAGUUGUCUAAUUCUGUAAUUUUAUUGUUAAUCUUCUGAAUUUCUGAUUGCUGUCUAUGGAUUGUUCCAGCUUAUUAAACUUUUCAUUAUAUUCCUGAAUAAUCUUUCUAAUUUCUUCAGUUGCUUUAUCUGUGUGUUCCAUGGCUUGUUCUGCAUAUUGCCUCAUUUCUUUCCUCAUGUCCUGAAGGGUUCUGUAUAUUAAACUUUUGUAUUCUGCAUCUGGUAAUUCCAGGAACGCACUUUCAUCUAAAAGAUCCGUGGAUUCUUUGUUUUGAGAGCCUGUUGAGGUGAUCAUGGUCUGUUUCUUUAUGUGACUUGAUAUUGACUGUUGUCUCCGAGCCAUCUCUAAGUUAUUGUAUUAGUUUAUGCUUGCUUACUGUGUUGUAGCUGCUUGCUUCGUUUUGUUUUGGUAUACCCCUAUGGGUUGCUUGAGUGAGCUAGCUUGAUUAUUUUCACCUUUGGAGCUCUGUUGUCCUGUCCCCAGCUGGCUAGAGCUGUUACCAGGUAUAUCAGUCUAGGAGUCCAUUCAGUUUUCUUAUAUGAAUUCAGCUCAGGUUUCCAGGUAGCUGAUCAUGAAGUGUGUGGUACAGGCUCUGUCCUCUGUCCUACAGUCUUAGAGGGGCAGGGGUGAUUGGCGUAUAUACCGGUAUCUGAUUGCAGCAGGGGGUCAUGCUUGGAAUAAGGCAGGGGGCUGAGAACCAACCCCCAGGUGUCUCUGAGGAAAACGCGUCCCUCUUCCCUAGAGCAUGCAGGUGGGUGGGUUCUGCAGAGGGACCAUGGGCACCCAAAGUUUUUGGUUGUAAGGACUGGGAGGUACCAGUUAUCUUUGGACCCCUGUCACGGGUGGCUGGGUGACCUGAGUGGAGCUACCAGUCCUUAGGUCCCUGAUGUGGAUAGGUGAGGACCUGGUUUAAUAGGCAAAGCUAUGUCAAAUGUCAAACACCCACCUCUCCACCACACAGCUGAAAUGGUUGGAGUUUGCCAACAAGGGCCUAUUCUCCCGAAAUAGGCCUACACAGGUCCAUGUAGAAGGGAAAGGUGCUCAAGGUCCAUGGAUGGUUUAUGCCUGGACGGGAGCCAGUUCUGUCUUGAGCUCCCCCAGUUAUUGGAGCUAGCAAAUUAUCUUUUCCCCCAAAUGCAAAUUUUUUCCUUCCCCAAAGCCGGGAGGAUGGCUCUAGGUGCUCAACAGGGCCUAUCUCGGGCCCAGGGAUUCAGCUGCUGAAGCUGGCUUGGGGGUGGGGGGUGGGCAUGGUAAAAUAUACGCAAGUACUUAGCUU